AGUGAUCGUCAAAAGUACUACGAACUAGUUGCGUAUUGGGCAUCUAGAAGUACGAGCUUCAUACAUCAUCAUCCAUCGUCGAAAUGAAUGAACAGCAAAAACGCUACUGUGUGAUUGGCGCUGGAAGUUCGGGUGUUUGCGCGGCAAAAACGAUUUUAGAUACGGGAAGCAACGUAACUAUAUACGAGCGAAACAACCAAAUCGGUGGCACUUGGGUGUACACGGAUGAAGUCGGAACCGAUCGUUAUGGACUGCCGGUGCACACCAGCAUGUACGAUUCCCUUAAAACAAACCUACCGAAGGAAGUAAUGGGUUUUCCAGACUUCGAAAUGCCUAGUCAAGAUGCGUCCUACGUUCGCUGGGACGAGGUGCUGCAAUUCAUUCGAGACUAUUCUGAUCAUUAUGGUGUUACCAAAUGGAUCGCGUUUGAACAUUUGGUCGAAGAGGUAAAACCAGCACCCGAAGGUACUGAUGGCUGGAAUGUUACUGUACGGCAUUUGCCUAGUGGAAAAGUAUCGACAGAAACGUUUAAUUUCGUGUUGAUUUGCAAUGGGCACUAUCACACACCGGUCGUUCCACCAUAUCCAGGCGGUGAGUGCUUCCUAGGCAAGCAGCUGCACAGUCACGACUAUCGUAAGUCGGACAUUUUCAAAGAUCAGCUAGUGCUGGUAAUUGGUGCCGGACCUAGUGGAACGGAUUUAACAUUGGAGGCAGCCAAGAUGGCAACCACCGUAUACUUCAGUCACCACGUACCAGAAAAGCUGAAGCAGCUAAUCUUUCCUGCGAAUGUGUUGCAAGUGCCCGACGUGUUGCGGAUCCUGCCGGAUAGUGUUGAGUUUGUGGAUGGAUCGCAAUAUCCCGUAACGAUCAUCUUCUACUGUACCGGAUACCGAUACAGUUUUCCCUUUCUGCAUUCUGACUGUGAGGUACAGGUGGAUGAUAACUGGGUGCGACCGCUUUAUAAACAUUUGCUGAAUAUAAAUCAUCCCACGAUGGCAUUCAUUGGGCUACCGUUUUAUGUUUGCGCUACACAUAUGUUCGAAUUGCAGGCUCGAUUUUGUGUGCAAUUUUACAAUGGCCGAAUACCGAUGCCCAGCAAGGAAGAAAUGUUGCUCGAUCAUGAGCGAGAAAUGAACGAACGGUGGAGUAAGGGAUUGAAGAAACGGCAGGCUCAUAUGAUGGGUGCGCAAUAUCAAGGACAGUACUAUAAAUCUCUGGCGGAUCGUGCACGGAUCGAACCUAUACCAAAGGUCAUGACGGAUAUGCAUAUUGAUAGUUCAAGACGAAAGAAGGAAGAUUUACAACACUAUCGGAACGAUACGUACCGCAUUGUGGAUAACAACACCUUUGUGAAGUGUGACAUUUCUGAACUACAUCAGAGGAGGGAGUUAAUGUGAACUAACCCGGAACCACGUGUAAAUAAGAAGCAGCACUAUUUGGAUCAUUAUUCCAAUUUUUUAUUGCAUUGGUGCACGGUUGGUUUUUUUUUGUAACGAACAGACUCUUUAUUUUCUUUCAUUGCAUUUUUCCAUUUCACUAUGUCCUAAUGUUUGAUUCAUACCCGUUUGGAAUGAAAAGUGCCAUGAAGCCAAGAUAAAAUCUGCUCGAACGUGCGAUACAUCCCGAUAUUCUUAAAUACGAUCUAUUAUAGAAAAAGUCAUAAUUCUUAACGACUACCUCACGGUUGUCUGUUCAAUCUAUGGCAAAUUGUUGCCCCGAACACAGUAUAUGUGCAGUAUAAAACUUUAACAAACAGUCUAUACAUGUAUGCAUAAUUUCGAAUCAAUAAGGAAAUAAUAAUAUAACCGUAUGCAGUGGUCGGCAAAGUACGAUUUUCCAGCCGCAUGCGGCUCUUUGUCGAAGAUGAUCCAUCUCAUUCCAAUGGUUUUACCAAAUAAUACCGGAAUACCUGAAUUUGAACCUUAUUGCUGAUUCAUGAGAAUAUUCAAAUCCAAAUCCUAAGUAUAGUUCCAUUUUCCUCUGAGAACAACGCCAACCUGAGAUUUUUCGAUAUCCCGUUGCAUUUGGUUGUCUCGG